AUGUUAGUUUUUUGUCAUGUUGACGACCUAUCGAAAUUAUUGGAGAAAUAUCGAGAUUAUUUUUCAGAAGAUAUUAAGAGAGAGGUAGAACAAGACGGUGGAAAUGUUGAGCUGUUACUUGACGUUAUUUACAACAAAUGUCUCAUACUACUUGAAGAUAUUGUUAUAUCAAUGUCUGGAAAAACACUUCUUCAGUUCGGCCUCCACUCUCCAACCCGAGAUGAAAGGUUUAUUGUCACUAAUCGUCAAUAUUUGCGUGAACUGGCUUACGACACCGUCUAUUUAACUAAAGUUGUAGCUGAAAAUGUUCCUAAAUUAAAUCUAGAACAGAAAAAAGUUUACAAUGAAAUUUUAAAUUCGAUUAGAUCUGAUUCUUGGCAGUUGUAUUUUCUUGAUGCUCCAGGUGGUACUGGAAAAACGUUUUUAAUCAAUUUACUGCUUGCGAAAAUCAGGAGUAAAAAAAACAUCGCUAUAGCCGUUGCUUCUUCAGGAAUUGCUGCGACUUUGAUAGACGGAGGUAAAACAGCUCACUCUGCCUUUAAAUUACCUCUCAAUUUAGGUUAUUCUGAGUCUCCACUUUGUAACAUCUCUAAACAGAGUGAUAUGGCUUAUGUGCUGCAAGAAACAAAAAUUAUUAUCUGGGACGAAUGCACUAUGGCUCACAAAAAUGGUAUUGAAGCUCUAAACAGAUUGCUCAAAGAUAUUAGAGGUUGCGACCGAAUUAUAGGAGGAGUAAUUGUUCUCUUGGCCGGUGAUUUUAGACAAACUUUGCCUGUUGUGCCACAAGGAACACGUGCAGAUGAAGUUAAAGCCUGUAUUAAGUCAUCAAUUUUAUGGCCUUCGGUCUAA